CUGGGCAUGGCUGUUGUCGAGCAGGGGCACACCUGCUGUUUAUUUUCACUUCCACCCUCUGCUGUCAACCCUCUUUCCCUCCUCGCUGCUUAAUGACCUCGGUUCGCCCCUGCCUGUGCUUUGCAAGCAGUUUGAUGGAUGCUAACGGCGCUGCUCGGCUCUGGGGGCAUCCGGGAGGAGACAGCUCUGCCCUUGCUGACCGUGCCAGGAGCCCGGGCAGGGCAGCGCGGUGCGGGCGGGCGGGGAGAUAACAGCGUGUGGCAAUGGAAGGGCUUUCCGGGAGGAACAGUGGGAAACUGCUUCUUGACCUUCGCUCGGAAAUGGGCAAAAGCGUGUUGUGGAAACAAACUCUGGAGAGGGGUGCUGCUAACGUUAAGGAGUGUUUUUUUCCCGUUUUUUUUUUUUUUUGCAUGUUAGUUUUGAGGUUUUUUUAUAACUACCAUAAUUUUCAUUGCUCUUGCUUCUUGAUACUUUUAUGUGAUUUCCCCCUAGAAUCUGCCAGAAAUGAACUUACAGUGUGUGUUUUGCUGUGGCUACUUAUUUUUCAUCUCGUUUUGGCUAAUUAUUUGACAAAAGUUACCUAAGAUUGUGCCUGUCUCCUUCUUAAAGUAUUUGAUGGAGCUCACUGAAGAGGUAGUGAACAGAAUGAAAGGACCCUCUCAACGUAAGAGGGACAUCCAGAGAUCUCCCCGUGCAUCCAAUGGCACAGCUCCAUCUUCACUGGCUGCAGGAGUGAAACCCAAACCUACAGGAAUUGAGCCACCAAAGGCAAGUGACUCUGCUGCAGAGCAUGAACUCUACAGGAGGUAUGUGGAAGAGCAGGCACUGGUCCAAGAGGAGUUGCUCUGGUUAGCCAAAAGAGAAAGGGAAGCAGCCAGCGAGGCCAAGGAAAGGAACAGCAUUAUUGAGGAGAGGCAGAAAACAGCCCAGCUGGCUAUGGAGCUGCAAGGCAGGGAGGCAGAGUUGAAGCUACAGGAGAACUUCUACAAAGAGCAGUUGGCCCGCAUUGAGAAGAAGACUGCAGAGAUCUACAAGCUGACAACCGAGCAGUAUCAGGAGGCAGCCACCAAGGCAGAGGAACGGAUAAAGAGGAGGAACGCUGAUCCUAUCUGUGCAAACCUGCAGUCUGAAAUUCUGAAGUGCUUCAGAGAAAACAAACGUGAAGUGCUCAAUUGCUCGGAGCUGGCGAAAGAAUAUCAGCGCUGUGUUAGUGCAGCUCAGAAGGAGCUGUUAGUUAAUUCUGGAUAAACAUCAUCCGCCAAAGAGCAGAGGACAGGGAGCGCAAACGCCCUUGGAAGCCCCAGCAUCCUUCUGGACAGACACUGACCAAAACCAGUGCCUUCUGCCCUCCAUGACCAAGACAAUACAACAUGAUUCCUCUUCUACUGCCUGCAUGUAUCAGUCUCGGUGAAUGUUCCUGGAGUUGGGAGAAGGGUCCCAGGAGCAGGGGAUGCUAUAAUUUCUUUUCAUUGUUUUGCAAUGUAAAGAAUUGCGUUGACCCCAGGUGCUUCCAGCAGAGCUUGUAGCUUGGGGUUUUGCCCCAGUAAAAGCCUGGUUCACCCAGUUCUAACUUUGGUUUCACCAGCCUACAUAUGAGUUUCAAGAGCUGUUGCUUCUGUUUGUUUGCUCUGGAGAAAGAAGUGUUUGGAAGUAACCCUGAGUAGCUUGUUAGGAUUGACUGUUCCUAACAUGCUGCCAUUGGUUACACCAGCAGGCACAUUCCUUCCCUUCCAAGGUUCCCUCCUAAACAAUAAAGUGUUUA